UUUUACAUCAGUGUACUCGUAUCAUUGCUUAUUAAAACAUUUCCUAAAUGCGUCUCUCUUUGGUUUCUCUCGGCAUAGCUGUCCUGCUGCUAUGUGUCCUUUCUGCAGCAGAACGCAAUUGGGAGUACGAACCUAAGUCCAUAACUUCGACCUCAGCAGAUGAAGAGAAAGUGAAGUUACAUUUUCAAAUUGAUCGAGUAAAUCGAGGCGAAUAUGCCUUAACGGGGAACAUUGAGUGGAAAUAUGAUACCAGUGAUGAUACAAUGAUUGAGGUAUUUAUCUAUCGUAGUCCGACAGGUAGCAACUACGACUAUAGACUAACGCCCUGGUCUGUACCCAAACAAAAGUACCACGAUUAUAUAAACACAUUGUACAAGGAAUUCGUAAAGAAUUUCUCAAACUGUUCAAAUCUGCCGGUAUAUAAGGACAAUUUCAAACCACCAUGGCCCAAGAAUAAAUAUGAAUUUAAACGUUGCGAAGUUGCGGGCGCGGGAUUGCCGGAAGUUUUGCCCGAGGGUUUCUAUAAAUUAGUUGCCGCAAUGUCCGGUGAGGUGGACUGGGGCCUCACAAUAAUACUUAAAAUUACAACAAAAAUGACUUGACUGUUCAGUUAAAUAAAGUGUGCACUAACGCGGGUGAAAGGAUUAA